GGGAAAGUGACUAUGAGACCGCUGCUGAAGGAGAUAAAUCAGAUUCUGAAUCUGAUAACGAGUCCAAACCUGAAGAAAAAAACAAAAUAAUAUUUCGAAGAAUAGAAGAUCCAGCUCCGAAAAGGUUAGUAGAAACUAGAAGAAUUUCUGACCAAGGUUUAUGUAUUGAUCUUCUUGCUAAUAUCUCCGAAAAUUAUUCCUAUCGAGAAGAUCCCUUAGCCACGUUCAAGGAUUUUGUAACAGUAGGAAGAUUUCAUAAUCAUCGAUUAGAUCAAGACAUAGCAUUUCCAAGUGAAAUCUUGGAUAUUAUUCGCCAGGAUAGAAUAGACCAAACAGUCUCACAACAAUAUCAUGAAAUUCUAGAUAAAAUCGAUGAAAUGAAACACAAUCAAUAUUCGGAUUGGACUUAUAAGUAUAGUAAAAAGAUCUUUUUAGAAAUAAGUGCGUAUCAGCCACUCCAAGGUUAUUUAGCUAGUGAGGAAGCUCGUAGACAGGAAACUAGAGCGAGAAAUCUUCAUGAUGUUAGUAGAUUAAGGCGCUUUGAUAAUGUAUUAGAUUUCACCGGUAUAGAUUUUCCAGCCACAUUGCGUGAUAUUGACAAAUUCGAAGAAAAUAAUCCGUCUUAUUCAAUAAAUGUCUUCUAUCCAGCACUGUCCAAAAAUGAAAAAGAGCAAGCAACUAGAAAGUUGGACCCACUUCGCAUAUCAGAAUACAACUAUCAAAGAGAACAUAUGGUAGAUUUAAUUUUAUUUACCGAAGGAGAGGAAGAUUUAAGAGAUCACUGUAAUAUUAAUGAAAUCCCUCCAGGAUUAAAUAUGCACUAUUGUCUUAUCAAUGAUAAAAGUGGAUGGAGUCGAAUUAUGAGUAGUUGGAAUAAGCAUAAAGAACGAAAAUAUUUCUGCCGUCACUGGAUGAUUGCUCCAUUUUCAAGAAAGGACCUGCUUGAAGAACACAAAAAGCAUAACUGUCAUGGACAAAAUAAUCUUAAUGCUGGCCAAAGAGAAAUAUUUCCCGAAAAGGGGAAGCAUAUCAUGAAAUUCAAAAAUUAUAAAGCAAUGGAAAAUGUGCCAUUUUAUUUCGUUAAAGAUCUCGAAGCAGAUAGUGAUCUAAUAGAAGACAACAUUAUCAAUAAAAAAACCGUUAAACUACAGAAGCAGAAGCCUAAUAGUUACAACUUGGAAGAAAUCAUCAAACCAAAGUUGCGUAACCCAGAAAAAAUAAAAAUGACAGAGCGUAAUUGGCAAACACAUAACUCUGCCAUAAAAUGUUAUAUAUGUAAAGGAAUGUUACAUGAAACCCGAUAUAAUAAAGUAAAAUAUUUCGAUUCAACCAAAAAAUUCAUAGCCGGUGCACAUCAUGGUUGUGUUAAAAUUAAGUGCGAAGCCACAGAAGAAAACUUAAUGGAAGCUUUAUAUCAUACAAAAGGUUUGACUAUAGAGGAAGAAAAUAUAUUUAAAAAAGCAACCGAAUGCUGUUUAUGCAAAAUGAAACUUCGAGCUGAUAUAAAUGAUAAUAGAGUUAGAGAUCACGACCAUUUCACUGGAAAAUAUCGUGGCCCAGCACAUCAUGGAUGUAAUUUUCAACUCCGGAUAAAGCCAGACGAAAUUAAAAUUCCAUUGAUAUAUCAUGGUAGAAAACAUUAUGACUUCCAUCAUGAAAUACGGGAAUUGGGUUUAGUUAGUGACGACAAAAUCAAGAUAAUUGCGGACAAUAUGGAGAAUUAUAAGACGAUAAUAAUUGGGCAGAUAAAGUUUAUAGAUUCAUGCCAAUUCCAGUUUCCGUCAUUAGAAAAAGUGGCAACUAAUUUGCGUGGCAAAGAAAAGACACCGGAACAACUAGCAAAGUGGGCAGGAGAAUAUACACGAAUUCGUACAAUGUUGGAUGCGAAUACUUGGGAAGUAAAAUUAAGAUAUCCAGAAAAUCUUCACCCAUCACAUAGUGACUAUCCGCUCUGCCCAGAACAUCGAGUAGUUAAGCGCAAUGAGCUUAUACGACCAAUAGGAGAGGAACAUCGAUUGCGCAAAAUGUUAGCAGAUCCGGCACUAGUUGGUCGUAAAAUAUUCCAUGAAAGCAAUCUUAUAGCAGUAUAUCAAAAGCAAACGAAUAUAAUUCAACCGGACGGUUCACGUGAACUAAAAAAUAAAAAGAUAAUCGGUAAGUGGAAAAAUGAAUUUGCAGGAACUCGAGCCUUAAGAUAUGCUGGAAAUAGAUCUAAAUCUUACGCACUAGAAACUGAGGAUGGUUACAAGAAUGUGCAAAAGGCAAAGGGACUCAAAAAAUCUCUCGUCAAAAAGGAGUUAACUAUUGAUAUUUAUGAGCACUGUAUUCUAGAAGUGAGUGAUAUUACAUGGAAAAGAAUUGAAGAGGCGCAACUCAAGAUAAUAAGAGAAGCAUUACGCAUUUGCUAUAAAAAAGAUAGCAAGUUAGUUACUGAAUAUGCUAGUUAUUAUCAAGGUAAGAAAGAACUUCUUGCUAGUCUUGAAAACUUAUACAGCCUUUACUAUACUUUAUCCAAAGAAGAGCGUUUUAUGAUUGAAGAAGAAAUUAGUAAAACAAUAGAAGAACUAAUUGCAGAUGUAGCUGUAAAUGGAUGUAUAGCUAUUCAGAUAGGAGCUAAUAGAAUAAACGAGGCCCUUAAUUAG